AUGGGCAGCACUCGAUCACAUCGCAGGUGCUGCUCGCGACACUGCUCGCUGCACGGAUCAAACACAGUCAGCAACCUCUUCCUCGAUCAUGAUAUAUCUGUCAAACUUUGCGGUUCUCUCCCACCGGCUCUCUCUCUCCACAACUGCCUCUUUUCUCACAGACCGAGUUCAGAGCCAUCGCAACCGACUUCCUCACUCUUUCUCAGCUGGAGCAGCAGAUGGCAACGGCGUCGACGAAGACCCUUGAGCUUCCUUCACCUUGCCAUCACCGGCGAGAGCUUCAUUGCCUUCAUCUCUCGCCGAAAUCUGCUCGGCACCCCGCGUCUCAAGGUGAGCGGCGCCGCUGUCCGUGUCGCCGUCGGUGCGAAUGGCCUCCAAAUUGACGCCUCCAAAACAGGUGUUUUUCCCCGAGAGGCCCGCCCCUCCUCGGGUGGAUCAGCAGAGUCUCACUCACCAGGUCGUGGCACUUAG